AGAAAUAUCUUAAACCUCCGUCCGCGGGAAAUAUGUUAGACGUGUUUUAAAAGACUGCAGCUACCUCGACAUUUAUCAUGGGCUCAACAUGUGAUAUAUAUCUUGGGAUAUUCUGCUUGAUUGGAUGAAUGUAUCCAAGACGUUUAAUGUAUGUAGACGAGCUGGAAUAGAAAACAAGGCUGGCAAAUUCCUUGGACCAACCAUCUGGUAACCUGAUUUCAAUGGAUUCCCUUCUGAAUGUCGGAACAAGCUUUUUUUGUUGGAUAUACUAUUGACCGCGAUAUAACUAACUCCUCUGCCGUUUAAUCAACAAUCAACACCAUCAAAAGUUUUAUUUCUGACAAGAAAGGCCUGAUGACGUCAGAGACAACAAUACUGAGUGAGUGGAAGUCUCCAUGUUUUGUCACAUCAAUUUACCCGACCACUGAUGGCCAGGUUUGGACCAAUUGUUACUACAGUGACACCAUUACACUACUGGAUAAAUCGGGUGACGUUAUACAGGAGAUCAAACACACUAAUGGAAUCGUGGACAUUGGAUUCUCACCAGACAACAGCACACUAUGGGCCUGUAACACCGAAAACAACGUCCUAGAACUCGAGUCUGGAAAACUAGUAAACAGAUUCAAUACCGAGCGGAAGCCAUGCAGCAUCUGUAUCACAGCCAGUAAUGACGUCAUUGUAGGGUGGGACUACCACGUGACAAAAUUUACAACUGGCGGUAAAAAGUUAGUUACCACAGACUCUACAGGGGAUGGGAAACCGUUACUAGGACGACCACACAGGAUGGCCGAGUGUCCAGUCACUCAAAACAUCGCUGUCGUUAAUUUGUAUAACAUAUUUGGUCUUGAUGAAGGAGAAGACUGUGUCGUUGUCAUGGAUACAGACUUAAAUGGGCUUUUCUCAUAUCAUGGUGAAGUCCCUUGUACGUAUCAGCAAACAUCGCAGUCAGAGGACAAACCAUUUGACCCCUGGGGUGUGGUUUAUGACAGCGUGGGGAACCUCAUCAUUGGGGACAGCAACAACAACCGUGUCCUACUUAUAAGUGGGCGUGGCGAGUUCCUCAGGAUCAUACACACGGACAUAUUCUGUAUCUCAGCUGUUGGUAUUGCCAAAGAGGAUGUCCUGUGGACGGUUACUGGGUAUAGCAACGUCAAACUUCUACAGUACUCCAGCGUAUCUGGUAACCAUGACAACUAACACUUAUAGUUCGAAUGCUGCUACAUCUAGAACACUAACAUGAGUAGGCAAGGGUUCCACAAACAGCUAAAAAGGAGGGAUUUCGGAUAGAAAUGCAGGACAGCAGCUUAACUGACCUCUGGUCAUUAGACUUUUGUUUCAUCCCAAAUAUGUUCUGUUUUAAUAUUUAAACUGUUUUGUUUAAAGUUUCUUGUGUAAUGCUGUUAGUGUAUAUUCAUUAAAAUGUUGAAA